GUUCUGUCCGUCUGACCUCUUUGUAUUGUAUCGGCCUCGCUGUUACCCAAACCCCUCUCGCUGUAGUCCCGUGGCAUACAAGCAUAUACUACAAGCGCUCGUGGGGAAUGUGAAAGGAGUGUUCGAAGAUAACGAGCUUUCGCCAGUUUUCCAGGACAAUAUCACAGUAGACUACCCAGCCACCUUCGCGUUCUUCUGCAUCACCGGUAUGCCUGUUCACCUGGCAAAAUUUGCUGGGCACUGUUCGAUCGUUAGGCGAGAACGCUGCUUAAACUAGUCAUUUGGUAAUGAAUACUGUGAUUAUUGUUCAUUAGUCACAUACGGUGAAGUGUCUCAGUUUUAGGACAUGAAGAGAUUUCCUAUGAAAAACAGCUGGCCUGGAUUAACCUCAAAUGAAGAUUAUCUUCAGAUGUAAUGAUCAUACGCAGUGAGCGAAGGAACAAUGGAGAACAUCGGGGUCAGCCUCAAAGAAGCGAAGACAUCGGAAGACUUCGACAAAGUCCAGAAAAGGCUGGAGAUGUAUUUGCCAGAAUCUUAUUUCAUCUACGGGUACCUGCUGGCUCGAAAAGCAUAUAAGAUCAGCGAAAAAGACGCAGAGAAACAAAUUUUCUUUUCUCCUCAAUCAACCCUUGUUGUCGCCAUCCCAGGACUUUCACAGGUUGUCCAGAGUCUGUCUGUGUUCUGGGACGUUUCCCAAGAUGACGAAAGUCUGAUUGCCAACCAGCUCAAAAGUAUUUCUACAAUCGACUGGACGCAGCCCAUUUUCAUCUACGCGGCUCCACUGGCUUUACUGGAAAAGCUGCAAACGCUUGCGCUAAGAGGCAUUCUUGGAGACGGCUACCUGACGCCUCACACAUCAUUCCUUGGUCAUCUCUAUUCGUUGACUUCGCAACCAAAACUUGAACCAAGGCUCCCAGAAGGAUUCGAACUCAGAGGGCUCAGAGAGGAGCACUGUGGGAUUAUGCACGACCACUGGGACUACAACUUCAGCGAGACCGCAGACGCUUACAGAGGUUUUCUUAGAGCUCUCCCUGGCCUGGGCGUCUUCCAGACAAGUGACGAACAUCAGCGAACUCGAGGUGGCCAACAUUCGUCACAGGGAGGCAACUCGUUGGACUCACCGGUUGCUUGGUCACACAUUUCCCCUUUCAAUGUGUUGACAAAUACUUACACCUUGCCCGAAUACCGCGGUAAAAAAUUGGCGCUCGCUGUUACCCUAGCCUUGGCUAAAACUUCCAUUCAAGAAACAGGUUUUGCAGCAGCCAGUAUAUCCGAUGACAAUUAUCCUUCAAUCAAGUUGCAUGAAAGCGCGGGGUUCACAAGACAACAUCCUCUUGGGUACCAGUAUUUUAAAAGUUCCCUCGGCACCUGCGUCUUCGAUGGUCUAAAGCCAUUUGCUUGAGAGACAGUUGUGGACACGUAAAGUUUCAACGUAAAAAAUUCUCAUUCACUUCGGUACAUUUUAGAUGGCUUUAUAGGCAUGAAGAGGUAUCAGUGCCGUGGAACCUACAUGUAAUAUUGCCAAAUUUUAUGCUCCUAAACACCGCUAUAACUAGAAUAAUUUUCUUCAUAACAAGCUAAUUUCACUCAUUACUCAUUACUAAGUUUAUAUUGUAAACAUAUUAUCAGAACAAGGUACUGGUCUCUGUUGAAAGCGUUAUUUUGAAUGCAUGAGAUAUGCGUAAUAUUUCAAUCUCCUGAAAACUCGCGUUUCAGCAGAACCCCGUAAUCCCAACUUUCCUGUAUAUCUCAUUGGGCGUUAAAUAAUUUGGUUUUAAAAGGAAAAUUGUUUUUAUAGAUUAAACGCUUUAAAGUGAAAAAAUAAAUUGUCAAGACAAAUUGCAGACAAGAUCUGCCAUGCCUUAACUUUAAGAUUCUAUUCGAGUCUGUCUUCAUUCUGCCACUUACUACAACUAAUCCUAUACCUUCAUACUUCAAAGUUCCUUUUUACUUCCAAACAUUGCCUCUCACUCUUUCUUGACAACUUCAUGCAUCUGCUGUUGUACUUCUACAUGAUCUUCCGGUCGUAGAGGUGCACUUUCAAAAUUACCUGAUCCAAAAACCACUUAGGUUUAUUAGCACGGUAGUGACAUAUGAGGUUCCCCUUUUCUAUUCUUAUCUACACCUGAAUAAUUGUAAUCAUAGCAAGUUCAGUGAUUCCAUCCUUGAAUUUUAAACCAUACUUUAAUAUUCACUUUUUUUCUAGGGACAUUCACAUAAUAUUUGCAUUCCUAUUCUAAACGUUUUACCGUCAACAAUCUACUUUCCUUUUUCAUUUUUUACUUUAAAAACCUGUUGAUAAAAUUCAUCUUAAUUCAUUCUACUACCCACUACCACAUUCUUAUGUGUUUUAACUGUAAUCUAGCAAAACUUUCUUCAGCAAUUUCUCCUCCCCAGAAAAACUUGGGAAUUAGCACCGAAAGAUGCCCUCCUCUCCUCAGCACAUUUUUUCAUAACUCUUCACUCUAGUUAAAUGUAGGCCUUACAAACCUGUCACUUUCAGCAACCUUGUCUUUAAAGCACCCACGGCAACCACAUCUAUUACUGGAUAUCCUAAUUAAAAUUCGAAUGACUGAAAUUCCGCGAUAUGUUUUAAAACCGAGCCAGGGAUGGGAACAGGUCUUGUUAGCUGAGCUGCCGUGUAUGAGUUGAAAGGUAAAAUUCUCUUGUGGCAGUGACUACUGCCCGACAAAGUGGAGAAAGACUGGCAUAUGUGAUGACCGCUCACUUGUAUCUGCUUGAAACGAACAGGAUUGAUCUCUCCCAACAUUCGUAUGUAAGUAAACAUAGUUAUAUAUAAAAUGUGUAAAAUACAUUAUAUAUUUUUGCCUAUACAACCAUCCAAGUCGUGACCUGAGCAAGACUAUUUUAUACUUUGUUAGAACUCUCUCUCUCUCUCUCUCUCUCUCUCUCUCUCUCUCUCUCUCUCUCUCUCUCUCUCUCUCUAUCCUUCCUCUUGAGCUACCCGGGUAGAAUAUCUAUCUUUAAAAGGAAUUACAGCCGUGCUAAAGUUUAGCACACUGCCAUUUCUUUUUAUGCUUCCUUUUUACGAAUUUUUAUUCAGUAAUAACUAUUAUUUUAAAUAACCCUCUUCUGCGAUGUCAUUCUCUAUCAUCGCUUCAUUUGAUACAUCAAUUUGGACUUUUUAUGUUCCAACACACUAAUGAACCAUUUAUUCUUUAAAGCGUUGAAUACCUGCAACAAAUACAAAGUUUUUCACGUCUGGAAAUUUUAAAACUUUCGGGUUUCCUGAUUUUCUUACAAUUGCCCUAAAAACAUUGACAAAACUGAACAUUUGAUAUCCGGUUAUCUUUUUAUUACAGUUUUAUAUUUCCUUGUUUUUUACCUCUUUGAAAAAAAACGGUGUUUCAUUAAUUUAAAUGUCAAGUCUGGUUUACAAAGUUUCUUAUGGCAUACUCUUCCAUAUCACAAAAAAUACCAUUCAAUGUACCGCUCAGUUCUGGAAUGAAACAACGAUGUAUUUUAAUUAAAUUCCCGUCUUCUAACCA